AUCAAUCGGCCUCUGGCCGUAACCCCGGCCACACUCAAUCACCCUAGCCAUCGCCGUCGGCCGUGUCUGGCCAUAAACGGCGUCGAUUGAGGAAGCAAUUCCCUUCCUCAACCCCGGUAGAUGAGGGCUCGAGGGUUGGAUUGGACGAAAACAUCAUGGUGCUGUGCCAUUGCCAGAUUACUGAUCGGGGGUUCGCCGAUGCUACUGACAUGGUCGGACCUUCCAUUGAAGUCCUGAGACCUACCAGCACCCAAACCGCCCUGGACGCUCCUUCAGGGUUCUUCACGGUCCAUCUAGCGUCUUUGAAGAAGGGGUUGCGCUUCCCACUCCACCCGCUUUUGAUCGAAUUCCUCAACGUGGUGGACCUUCUUCCGUGUCAGUUGGUCCCCAACUCUCACCGGUACAUCGCCGGUUAUUUGGUCCGGUGCAAGGUUGUAGGGGUGAAACCAACUUUAAACCAUUUCCUAUUCACUUUCAAGCUGACCAAGGGCCAUAAGGAUUGGGCGUCCUAUGCCAGCCUUUCCCAGAGGUCCAGUAAGCUCUUUGCUAGUGACAAGAAGGGGUCGACCAAAGACUGGAAACCCUUCUUCGUUUUCGUCUCGACGGGGCCCGAAUCUCCUUUCACGGGUUCAGGGCGCCCUUCCUUCCGCCGCAUCCCAUGCCCCCCACCUGAUGCCACCCUUUUGUCCAUCACUCGCCAACUCUGCAAUAAGGGAGUUAUGAACAUCAAAGAGGUGGUGACAGAGGAAACCCUUGCCGAGUUGGGGUUUGAGUUUGUUCAGGAUGAGCUUCGUCACCAACCCGACCUACUGAGGGACAUUCCCGGGGGUCAUCAGCCUGACCAGCUGAAGGACAUUCCUGAGGAAGGUCUUGACUGUGGUCCUUUUGUGGAAUUACAAGAUUCAGGAGAAGAGAUGGACGGCGAUCUCCUACUUAGUCGCUUCACUGCAAGGAGGAAGAGGAAGAGAGAGGCGAAGGGCCAGGGCAAACGCUCUUCAUCCCACCAUGGGGAGAGUCCUUCCCGAGAGCCGGCUGUAAUUGUAGUGGAGGACCAGGAUGAUGCUACCCUGGAACCGGGUACAAUGACGGGCCAGUCCCCUCCUCACUCUGUGAUGCCGGGUGGCGACCUCGCUGGGUCGUCGCAAGGUGUUGCCUCGGAGCGACCUCCUUCGCCUCCCGCGGUGACCUACGAGGUGGCGACCGGGGGUCGCUCGACGAGGCUUUGCAUUCCUCCUCUGCCCCAAAGCUUAGGGGACGUGCAACUGGAGACCCUGAUCACCCUGCCCGCAGAGGACCAAGCCCGCAUCUCGGCCGGUUUUGAGGACGACCUUGAUAACAUGGUCCUCUUGAGGCUAAGCCAGGCCACGCUGGGGAUGAUUGAGGUGGUCGGUAGGAGACGGGGCCACCAAGCUGCCUUGGGCGAGGCGUUGAAGACAUCGGAGGCCAGGCAGAAGGAAUUGCAGGAGGAGGAGAACCGUUGCGUCGCCCUUGAGGGAGACAAGGCCUCCUUGUCCUUGGAGGUAGAAUUAGUUUCUGCUCGCGUGGUCGAGCUGGAAAGGGAGAAGUCUGACCUGAUCCAGCAGUUGGAAGUGGAGAGGAGCGACCGGGUCCGCCACGCAGAGGAAGCGGUGGAAUACUUCAAGUCUUCUCCUGAUUUCUCGAUGGUCGCGAUGGAGCGGAUGGACGAGCUAACAGCCGCUUGGCUCAAAACUGAACCUGGGGCUCGAUGGAUGGUCAGGGAGGGGACCAAGUCCUUCAAUUGUGGACUCUUCUGCGCCCAACAGGUCUUCCGCGACAGACUGGCUCAGCUCCCCAAAGGAUUCUCUCUCCCCGAUCUCGGCUUUCCCCCUCCUUGCCGUUCCUUGGCCGAGUUCGACCCAGUCCUUACUUGGACGGAGGGAGCUCAAGCGCGUCUGAAGGAGAGGAGGAAGAAGAAGAGGAAGGUGGACAGGGCGACCAGACCCCCGGGGUCAGCUUAGCCACGUCCAAGGCGGGUGGACAUUCCGGCUCGGCCGUCUAACCUCCCCUGUUGUUUCCCCACAGCUUCAUAAACACUUGCUUUUUUU